AUGCCUCUACAUCAAACAUGUUACUGUGCUCAAUGCGACCUAUACUUUGACUCCAUAACUGACAGAGCAGCUCACAUUCAGGAAACAGCGACACAUCCCGAAUGUGGCUAUUGCAAGCGUCGGUUUCUGAACAACAACACUUUGCGAAAUCAUUAUAUUUACUCACGAUACCACCACUACUGCGCUGCUUGCGAGAUCGAGUUUGCCUCUCCCGGCGGCUUGCGUUAUCAUAUAGAAUUUGCCCCAGUCCAUUGCGAUGACAGCGAUGACGAGAAAGAAGAAGUUUCGCAUGAAUGGGAGGAGGAAAUGGGGCAGCGAAUCUACCCUGAAGAGCCAGCUGACGCGCAAGACGAUGAUUCUGACAACUCUUGGGAGGAUUUUGACGACUAUGAUUAUGAGGAUGUGGAGGAGCUGGAGCCCCCCAUCGAGAUUGAAGAAAAAGAAACGGAAGAUGGCGAAAAUACCAGAUUCGUUUGCCCAUUAUGCUGCCAGACCCCACAAUCGGUUUGCUGCACGCCUUGCUUGUCCUAUUUGCGCAAAGCCAAGCCGAAUAGACGAGUUACGCAAGUUAUUCCUAGAAUUGUCGUAGAGAGCAUUGCAUGCCGCAUAGCAUAG